AUGCCACCUCAAACCUCAAAUCUCCCGAAAUCCCAACCUCAAGUAACAUUAUAUGGUUCUAAUCGAAUCAACUUUCUUUCCUCUUGGUUAUUUCUUUGGGUAUUUGGUCUUUUGAAAGUUUCAAGAAGACACAACUUAGACAGUGACGACUUACUUUUACAAGAAUCUGAAAAAGCUGGUGUUGUUGGAAAUAAAUUAGAGAACGCCUGGAACGAGGAACGUGAUAGAAAAGAACGUUCAAUACGGCAUGCUCUGAUUAAAACAUUUGGCUUUUCAUAUGCGCUGCUCGGUCUUUACAAAAUCUUAUGGGCAGCGUCCAUCUUUGUCGGCUCAUACUAUCUUGUGAACCAAUUGAUUAUCUAUAUCGAGAAACGUGAUGCUAAUGGCCAUGAGAAUGAUAAUUCAUCUGGAUAUUUAUAUGCUAUAGGAUUAUUCUUAACUUCAGCCUUUAGUAGCAUCUUUUACAACCAACUAAUUUCUGAAUGCACUCGAAUUGGAGUGCAAGUUCGAGCUGCACUAAUGGUACUAAUAUAUCGUAAAUCUUUAAGGCUUAGCUCUGUUCGUGGCAAUGCCGAUAUUGUGAAUUUGAUCUCUCAUGACUGCAAUAGGGUGGCCGAAGCUUGUGUUAAUUUUCAUUUCUUAUGGAGUUCAGUAGUUGAAAUAAUUGCAAUCAUUAUUCUUGCCUGGAUUGAGUUAGGCGUAUCUGCUGUUCCAGCUUUGGUAAUCCUCAUGAUUCUUAUUCCAACCCAGUACAAACUCGGCUGGUUAACAUCUAAAUUCGCCAGUUCAAUGGCCAAAGUCACCAUGUCGCGUAUAAAUAUUAUGUCUGAAAUUUUAACAGCAAUUAAAUUGAUAAAAUUUUACGCUUGGGAAUCCUACUUUCGUGAACGAAUUGCUAAUGAACGUAAAAAAGAAAUGUCUCAAUUGCUGACGAGUUUAAUCUUUAAAGUUUGGACGUUAUGUGUAGUAUUUUUCACUCCGAUGUUGGUAAUGUUGGGGUGCCUAUUAGUCAAAGAUUUGGCUUAUCCAGACGCUAAUGGGAUAAAAGCAAGAACAAUCUUCACAACGUUAGCUUUGUUUAAUAUUUUGAGCAUUAAUAACGACAUAUAUAAUGUUAUGAAUAUAUUAUAUUCACUGUCUACUAAUAGAUAUCCUCUAAUUAUGUUUCCAAUAGCAGUGAGGAGUAUUUUAGGCGCUCAGGAUUCUUUUGAUAAGUUGAAUGAAUUUCUCUUACAAACCGAAUUGGAACCUCUUAAACGAGAAAAUGAUAUAUUAGAUGAUGAUCCGAAGCUUCGAAUUGUAAUUGAUGAUGCUGAUUUCAUAUAUGAUGAACAGCUGGAUCCGUCUCUAAAUUUUCUGAAAAUGCGAGUGAAACAAGGCGAAGUAGUUGCUAUUGUUGGAGACGUAGGUGCUGGAAAAUCUUCAGUUUUGGCUGCGAUAUUCGGUCAGAUCCGUUUAUCGGCUGGCACUCGUCGUAUUCGUGGUUCAAUAUCCUACGUACCACAUGACGCUUGGCUGUUGAACGCUACAUUAAAAGAAAAUAUACUAUUUGGUAAUAAUUUUGAUUCCAAAAGAUACCAAGAGGUUUUACAUGUAUGUGGCGUCAAUCGGGAUUUACCAUUAUUAAGUUUUGGUGAUCAGACUGAAAUUGGUGAAAGAGGUGUUAAUUUAAGUUUAGGCCAAAGACAAAGGGUUAGUUUGGCAAGAGCUGUUUAUUCUGAUGCUGAUAUCGUUUUAUUGGAUGAUCCACUUAGUGCCAUGGAUCCUGUUGUAGCUAAGCAUAUAUUUCAUGAGUGUAUCCGAAAAUACUUAAAAGAUAAAGCAGUGGUUUAUGUUACCAAUCAAUUGCAGUUUCUCUCUGAUUGUGAUUUCAUUAUGGUUAUGAAAGAUGGAAGUUGUGAUGAACAAGGGACCUAUGAAGAAUUGAUUGCCAAAGAUGUGAAUCUGGCCUCUUUGAUUGGUGAAUAUAUGGAAAUAGAAGAUCCGGAUCAAAUAGAUGAACUUAUUAGGGAGGUUAAGAAAACUGCAAAGAUUGCUAGACACAACACAAUUCAAUUUGGUUCAAAGAGGCCUACUGCCAUCGAAAGGAAUCAACUGACAAUUCAUAGUUUAAAUGAGCGCGAUGGAAUAGCAUUUAUGAAUUCUGAUUCUCGCACAAAAAAGCCCAAUGAAGGAGAAGUUGAUUGGAAAGUUUAUUUGGAAUAUUUAAAUAAAUACACCGGUUUCUGGGGUUCAUUUAUUGUUAUAUUUUUCUUUUUCCUUGUUCAAGGUGUAAAAUUAUUUAGUGAUUGGUGGCUUAGAAAAUCAGUUGGCGUAACGAAUAAAUCAUAUGGACAUUUUCUUGGAGUUUAUGGUGCUCUAGUGGGGAUUGCGGGUUUAGGCGUUUUUAUACGAGGUUUAGCCUUUGCAUGGGUUGUAUUUUUCAAAAGUCAUUAUCUUCAUGACCGCACCUUUAUGAAAACACUACGUGCACCAAUGUCGUAUUUUGAUGUCACGCCUAUCGGAAGAAUUCUAGCUAUUUUUGCUAAACAUCAAAUUUUUGUUGAUGAAGUUCUAACGGAUAAUGCUUUACAGUUUUUGUCAUAUUUGCCGGUAGUUCUUGGGACUACCAUCUUUGUUGUGGUGUUGAUUCCAUAUACUAUAGUGCCAGCUGUCGUUUUGGCUUUAGUUUGUUGGGCUUUAAUCUAUUUUUCAUAUGAAGUUGAAGAAAGAUUUAAACUUCUCGAUGCGAUGACAAAGUCACAGAUCUUUGCUCAUUUAUCGGCUACCCUUGAUGGCCUUGCUAGCAUCCGUGUAUAUGACGCACAAUUUCGGUUUGAUAGACAAAAUCUGGAUAAAAUUGACGCAAACAGUAAAACCUUAUUUACUAUGAUGCAAGUAAAGUCUUGGUUAGCACUUUAUAUCGAUUUCCUGGCUUCCUUAUUUAUUUAUUCAACCGCAUUAUGUGUCGUUAUUCUGAAAUCAAUUGGUGCCUCAGACACUGGUUUGGCGUUAGUCAGUGCACUACAAUUGUUAAUAUUUGGACAAUGGAUGAUAAGAUAUGGUCGUGAUGCCGCAAUAACAAUGAGUAGUGUACAACAGUUAUUGUAUUAUAGACAAAAUAUACCAACAGAGAGUGCCGCAAUUAUCGAGAAUAACAGACCACCGAAAAAUUGGGGUAGCCGCGGAGAGAUUGAAUUUAAACAAGUUACUUUACGAUAUAAUGCUUAUGGCGUGGCCGUUCUUAAACAUGUGACUUUCCACGUAAAAGCACGCGAAAAGAUCGGUAUCGUUGGAAAGACCGGAUCAGGAAAAUCAACAUUGCUGGUCAGUCUAUUGCGAAUCGUUGAACUCGCUGGGGGACAAAUUUUAAUUGAUGGUUUAGAUAUAAGUACGAUUGGACUUCGUGAUCUCCGGAAUAAAAUUGCAAUUAUUCCUCAAGAGCCAGUAAUCUUUGCCGGAACAAUAAGAUCGAAUCUCGAUCCUUUUGAAAUUUGUACAGAUGAAGAGAUAUGGGAAAGUUUAGAUGCUGUUCAUCUUACUGAAAAAGUUAAAUCAAUGCCAGAGAAAUUGGACACGCCUGUAUUAGAAAACGGAAGAAACUUUUCUUUUGGUCAACGACAAUUAUUUUGUAUAGCUCGAGCUUUACUCAAAAAGACGAACAUAUUGGUUCUUGAUGAGGCUACGAGUGCUGUAGAUUCGCAAACAGAUCAUCUAAUUCAGGAGACGAUAAAAAAGAAUUUUGCAAACCAUACAGUACUCACCAUCGCACAUCGAUUGAAUACAAUUAUGGAAGCAGAACGUAUUUUAUGUUUAAAUGAAGGUCGAGUAGUCGAAUUCGAUACUCCACUACGACUAUUGGAUAAUCCCGAUGGAUUCUUCUAUCAAUUAAUUACAGGCAGUGGUCCAGAGGCCGCUGAAAGAUUAAAGCAAAUUGCAUUGCAACAUGCUAAUCAAAUAAACUCGUCAUCAUCGAUAAUUGAAUCUGAAGAUAAAGGAGGAUCAUCCUCAGCGGGGAUGGGCGGCAUACCAGAUAAAAUAGACAAAGCUUCAAUACACUCUGGGACAAUUAGUGAUAAUGCUUCAGUAAAAAAUUCGCAAAAUCCGACAGUACCACCACCUGCUCAUAUGCCUUCGUUUUUAGAUGUAUUUACUCCACACUAA